GUGUUGCUACGGAGACGCGAGCUGUGGCUCUGUGGUGUUGCUAGCCGUUAAGCUAGCUACUUCGGACGGAGGGUGGAGGCGGCUUUUCUUUAGUCGUAUGUUUCAGACAAAUAAGUCUGUUGUGGCAUGGCAGAGCUGCAUAUUAUAGGACAAAUCGUCGGGGCCAGAGGCUUUCCGCAAAAUAGUCUGUUUUGCAAAUGGGGAGUUCAUACUGGAGGAGCAUGGCGGCUUCUCUCCGGGCUGAAGGAGGGCCAGACCCAAGUGGACAUCCCCCAAACCGGGGACAUGGCCUACUGGAGUCACCCCAUCGAUCUUCAGUUCACGACUAAAGGCCUGCAGGGUUGGCCGAAGCUACACAUCCAAGUGUGGCACCAGGACUCGUUCGGACGCUGCCAGCUGUACGGUUACGGAUACUGCCACGUCCCGUGCAGCCCCGGACACCACCGGAUAAAGUGUGUGACGUGGAGGCCGCUCGGUUCCUGGCAGGAACAAAUCACGCAGAUGUUUGUUGGCGGAGGUCCUCAACUCCGCAGCCCCGACCUCAUAUACAGCGGAGCGGACAGAUACAGACUACAGACCGAGGCGAUGGGAACUGUGGAGCUGGAGCUCGGAGUUAUCAUGAGACACUUUGACAAAUAUGGAGUCGAGAGCUGAUGCAUAACACGGAAACAUUCUGAUAAACGCAUACAUAUUCAGCUGGCACGUGCUUUAUAUUUACAGACUACUUAGCUCAACCUUUUGUACGUUUCAAGUUAUUGCAUUUUUCACUCAAAAUGCCAACACGUUUUAAAUAAAAUAUUGUUUUCAAUG